AUGAAUGCAGAAUUUAUUGACGCGCUUUCGAGAGACUUUGGUAAAUUGCUGCUGACUCCAACAUCUUCAACAUCAAAAUCUGCAUGCAAUAAUCACGAUGUAAUCAUCGAAGUGGGCAAACCCUCCAAUAAAAAAUCAUUUAAUGCACAUUCAAUUAUUCUAUCUGCUCGAUCCGAGUAUUUUAGAAAUGCUUUAAAGAUUAAUGGAAAAGAAAGUCGACAAGUUGAAGAAGAUUUUGUAGAAAUUGCUGCAAAGAAAACUCAUUUUAAACGACAAAUUAUUAAUUUGCUUGAACCUAACAUUAUUCCAGAGUAUUUUAAAAUUUUGCUAAACUAUAUUUAUACAGGAAAAAUCUCUUUUGAGCCGCACAACCCUGACGUGGUUUUGUACCUUUUGGAAAGCGCAUUAUAUCUUAAGCUUACUGAUCUCUACGAUUUCUUGCAAACGCAUCUCGUUGAAGAUUAUUCCAAAUGGUUGGAAGAGAAAUACGAAUUGAUACGAAAUAUCAUUGAAGCUAAUGAUGGUAGAGAUUUGAAAAUUUUAACAGACUUCUGCGCAAUGAUACAGCAAAAAAAGUCAGAGGCCAUAUUUAAAUCCGAAGAUUUCGCAAAAUUGGACAAAGAUCUUUUGAUUACUUUGUUGAAAUACGAUGCACUUGAUAUGGACGAAAUUGAGAUUUGGGAUCGUGUUCUCGAAUGGUGUUUAGCACGUCUUCCGAAUCUUAAUAAAUCAUUAGCAGAGUGGAGUGAUUCGGAUUUCAAACUCUUAAGAAUUGCUAUUGAGCCAUUUAUUCCACAUAUUCGCUUCUUUCAAAUUCCGGCUGCUGCUUUAGAUACCAAAAUUUUACAAUAUCAAAAGAGUUUCCCAGAAUGCGCUUUACGUGAAAUUUUGAGUUUUCAUUUACGUCCUGGAUACGUACCAACUAUUCUUCAAUUGCUUCCACCCAGAAUUCGUACUCACCUCGAAAAAAUACCCGAUUACAAAACUAUCGAUUCUUUAAUUAUCGACGACAGCCACGUAAAUUGGUUAUCCAAUAGUAUUGAAAAUCUUUCAUACGACACUAUCAACAAUAAUUUUGAGUACAAAUUACUUUUACGUGGAAGUCGUGAUGGUUUCACUUCCGCCGCAUUCUACAACAUAUGCGUAGACAAUGGUCCUACAAUUAUUGUGAUCAAGAUCGCCGGAAUUGGAGAACUUAUUGGCGGUUACAAUCCAUUGAAUUGGAGUAGUUUUGGUGGAUUUAUGAGCGCCUCAAAUGCUUUCAUUUUUAAUCUUGGUAAGCAAAAUUUGCAGGAAGCUGUUCUGAGUAGAAUUGUGCAGGAAGAGGUUGCUGUUUGGUGCGGACGAGUUUGGAGUGGACAAGAAUAUGGUCCUUGUUUUGGGUUAAGUGAUCUAUCUAUUAUUGGGAAAAAUUGGAAAGCCCAAAAAAUCAGUUUUUGUAAUCCGGCAAGUUAUGAAAAACAGAUUUUGUCUACUACAGAUUAUUUCUCUUUUGAGGAAUAUGAAGUUUUUCAGAUUGUUAGAAAGUAA